UUGACGCGAAGUACCAUCGGGGGACGGCAGAAAAAAAAAGCCGUGGGCCGCUCGCUGCUGCUCGGUAGAGCGGGGCCCGCGGGAGAGGCCUGGGACUCGGCCGUGCUCGGGAUCAGGACCCCGUGCUGGAGCCGUCGCCGCGGCGCGGCGGGAGGUGACAGCUUCUAACAAUAGGAGGAGGGCCGCGUACGGGCCUGGUCUUCGCCCCUCCCCCCUCCGCGGGCCCGUCCGCUCCGCUUACCCCACCCCCCGUGCCGCGGCCACAAAGCGGGUUAAAGAGCAGCGCCCCAGGUGGCGCAGGUCCGGUUGCCGGAGUCGCGAUCAUUGAAGUUGGCAAACAUGGCAUCAGAAUCAGGAAUGCCCAAUCCCAAUUCUCGGAUAAUGACUUUUUAUCCCACAAUGGAAGAAUUCCAAAACUUCAGCCGUUACAUAGCGUAUAUAGAAACGCAAGGUGCUCAUCGCGCUGGACUUGCAAAGGUUGUCCCACCAAAAGAAUGGAAGCCUUGUAGUAGCUAUGACGACAUUGAUGAUCUGGUAAUUCCAUCACCUAUUCAACAGGUGGUAACAGGCCAGUCAGGCCUCUUCACACAGUACAAUAUUCAGAAGAAGCCAAUCACUGUGCGGGAAUUCCGAAAAAUAGCUAACAGCGACAAAUACUGCACUCCUCGAUAUACGGACUUUGAUGAUCUCGAGCGGAAGUAUUGGAAAAAUCUCACAUUCAACCCACCAAUUUAUGGUGCAGAUGUCAAUGGUACACUAUAUGAUGAGGAUGUGAAUGAAUGGAAUAUUGGGCAUUUAAACACCAUCCUGGAUGUAGUGGAAAAAGAGAGUGGCAUCACCAUUGAAGGUGUCAAUACUCCGUACCUUUAUUUUGGAAUGUGGAAAACCACCUUUGCUUGGCACACAGAGGACAUGGAUCUCUACAGCAUUAACUACCUGCACUUUGGUGAACCGAAGUCCUGGUAUACUGUUCCUCCAGAACAUGGAAAGCGACUAGAACGCUUGGCUAAAGGCUUUUUCCCAGGAAGCGCUCAAAGCUGUGAAGCAUUUCUGCGCCAUAAGAUGACUCUGAUAUCUCCUUCUAUACUCAAGAAAUAUGGAAUUCCCUUUGACAGGGUGACCCAGGAGGCAGGGGAUUUCAUGAUCACAUUCCCCUAUGGUUACCACGCAGGCUUUAAUCAUGGUUUUAACUGCGCUGAAUCUACAAACUUUGCGUCGCUUCGAUGGAUAGAUUACGGGAAGCAUGCUGUCUUGUGCUCAUGCAGGAAGGAUAUGGUAAAGAUUUCAAUGGAUGUUUUUGUGCGCAAGUUUCAGCCUGAAAGAUACAAGUUGUGGAAAGUGGGUAAAGACACAACUUUUAUUGACCACACACAAGCCACUCGAGAAGCAGUUGAAUUUUAUGAGGGAUUAAAGAAUGCAGCCACAAAGAGUUUGAAUGACCAGGAUGCUGAUGCAGCUGAAAUAGAAGUGAAUAAAACUGAAAGAAAAGUGUGCGUCACACAAAAAGACAUGGCUGAAACAAAAAGCCCAAUAAAACAUCGAAUAGGAACAAAGAGACACAAGGUUUGUCUGGAGUUGCCAGAAGAGAUGAAUGAUAAUGCUACGAUCCUCAAAGACGAUGACGCCGUUAAUCCUGUAGUACAUGGUAAUAGUGAAGAGUAUAAAGGGAAGCAGCAAAAGGAAGAGGAAUACUGUGAACUUAAAACUAGUGAUGCCAGUCCUAAUAUUUCAGUUAAAGUUGAAAAUGCUUCACAAGAGGAGAAGCUGAGACUGAAGCCAACUUUGUCCUCAGCAGACACCGCUGUCACUGUGUUAAACUUCUCUGUGGCGGUUCAUUCUCAAAGUACUUCCGCUUCUGUGAAAUCCUCAGACUCCAGCUCAUCUGAUUCCGAAACCACAAGCAGUCAGAGCUCAAGUCAAGAGAGUGCUGCUGAAGACUCUGAUAAUAGUCCAGAUUGGGGUGAACCAGCUAAAACCAAUGUUGGAACUAGUCUCAAUGAACAAGACCUUGCAGAGAUGGCAGAGCAAUAUAUGAAGGAAAUGAAAUCCAAGAAGAAGGCAAAAAGUCGACGUCAGCCUCUCAGUAAACCACCACGGCACCAUCCCCUUGCUGUUGUAAAGGACUGUGUCAGUGAUGAAGAAAUGCCAGACCUGUUGGCAGUAGAAGAUGACCCAAUGGAGUCAGAACCGUGGGCUAAACCACUUGCUCAUCUUUGGCAAAAUCGUCCCCAGAACUUUCUCGCAGAACGAGAGUACAACAGUACAUUGGCACAGCUAGUACCACACUGUUCCAUUUGUGCCCUCUUCCAGUUAAACCAGGUAGACUGUCAGGAGAGUCAUACUUUCAGAAACAAAACCCAACAUUUGGAUGCAAGCAUACUCAGAAACAAAGCGAAAACUAAGCCUUUGGUUCCGGAGAUGUGCUUCACAUCGGGAAGUGACCAUGUUGAUCUCAGCCUUCCCACAUCGUACAUUGAGGAAGAUGGAACAAGCACCCUGAUUACAUGUGCAAAGUGCUGUGUAUGUGUUCACGCAAGCUGUUAUGGAGUCGCUCCUGAAAAAAUAACUGAUGACUGGAUCUGUUCAAGAUGUUCUGCUAAUGCUUUGUCAGAAGAUUGCUGUCUCUGUACCCUUCGGGGAGGAGCUCUUCAGAAAACCACCGACAACAGGUGGGUACACCUAAUGUGUGCUGUUGCAGUGCAGGAGGUUCGGUUUGUGAAUGUCGCAGAACGCCGUCCUGUGGAUGUCAGCCCAAUACCACCACUUCGCUGGAAACUGAAAUGCUUCUACUGUAAAAAGAGAAUGAAAAAGACUGGUGGUUGCUGUGUGCAGUGCUCCCAUGGUCGUUGCCCCACUUCUUUUCAUGUGACCUGUGCCUAUGCUGCUGGAGUCAUCAUGCAACCUGAUGACUGGCCGUAUGUAGUCUUCAUCACCUGCUGUCGGCACAAGACACCCAGUCAAGCAGAGCGUUCUAAAUCAGCUUUAAAUGAGAUUGAAGUUGGGCAGAAGGUCAUCUCAAAACACAAAAAUGGGCGCUUUUACCAAUGUGAGGUGGUUGGAUUGAGUAAAGAAACCUUCUAUGAAGUGAAUUUCGAUGAUGGUUCCUUCAGUGACAACUUGUAUCCAGAGGACAUUGUGAGUCGUGACUGUCUGCGAUUGGGACCUCCUGCAGAAGGAGAGGUGGUACAAGUCAGAUGGACUGACGGACUCGUAUAUGGAGCCCAAUUUGUAGCAUCACAUGUUAUACAGCUGUACCAGGUGGAAUUUGAAGAUGCUUCUCAAUUAAUGGUUAAAAGGGAAGAUGUGUACACUCUAAAUGAGGAACUUCCCAAAAAAGUCAAGUCUAGACUGUCUGUAGCAUCAGACAUGCGAUUCACUGGAAUUUUUACAGAAGAGGAGGUUGCUCAUGUGUCAAAGCGACAGCGAGUUUUGAACUCCAGGUAUCGUGGGGAUUAUGUUGAGCCAUCUCUGUACCGUACAAUUAUGGAGUGAUUCAGAAAUUGUUCAGAACUUCAUCUAUGGAAACCAAUUGGGACAAAUCUGGUUUUUGCACAUGGUUGUAUUGUAGAUAUGUGAAUGCAUCUGAGUUCUAAUUUCUCUGGCAUCAAGGCUACUCUGCAUUACUGAAGGUGCCUCUCUAACAGCACUCCCUUGGAACUUAAGUAUCAAAUAUCUUGGGAUUUCAUCAAAGUUGUUUCUGCGCAUUCUUUGGCCAUGCUUCGGACUGCUGCAUUGUAGAGUGCAGAUUAAUCUGGAUCAAGAAGUGUCUUUAAUUGAGGCUUCAGUAGCUAGGAGUACUGUUACAAAGAAUGUUUUGGGGUUAAAUUUCAACACUAAACAUCCAUGUUCAGAAAGAGUAAAGCAAUUACCUUUUUAAUACUGCAAAUCACUAUUUGCUUAAUUUUCUUAACAUUAACUAUCAGAAGGAAUUUAGUGCCCAACUAAUCUCUGAUACAUGUGUACAGUAAAGGCUGAUGCAUAGCUGAUUCACCACAGCCAUGUAACCAAUCCCACUGUGGAAGCUAUGAUGAGUUCUAGAAGAUGUGAAUACAUUUUGACUAUAUUUAGCCCGAAACUAGGGUCAUAAUCGGUGCUUGGAGUUAAAACUCUUAUCUGUAUUUAUAGGGAAGCCUAAAACUUUAGGUUGAUUGGUGAUUAGACAAUUUUUUUUAAAAAGAAAACAUUUCCCUUCUAAGUGUAGCAGUUUAUUUCAGUGUUCACCUUGGCAGUAAAUAGAAAGUUGAGACCUUGAAUGGGGAAGUGUUGAUAAAGUAGCAAAUGAACUCUAGAAGGCCAUUGUGUAUUCUUAAAAAUAAAGCUGGAUUCAUUUUCAUUUCUCUCAAAAACCACCACUGCCCUACCCCCACCUGCCAUUUCAUGACUUCCUAAUGGAUUUGUUCAUCAUAUGUGAACGCUUGUGUAUUAGACUUCUGUGCAGUUUUAAUCUGUACUACAAAUUAUAUUUGUUUAUUCAAUUAUUAAUUUUUAUUGGAAUAUUCAUACUUAAUUACAUUGUAAAAUUUUCUUUAUUUGUUCUGUUGGUUUGGUGUAGACUGUUGGGACUGAUGUUGGACAAUGCACACAACAUUGCAAGUUUGGUUGUACAAUCCAAACUGGUCUUUAAAAACUUAAUCAAUUGAUGCAACAGACCAUGAUGUACUUUUGUGUUCAACAUAUUUGAAGUUGCAUCAAUACCAUCUGAUAUUGUGAUAACUUAACAGUAAAAGCAUGCUAAAUUUAAAUGUUGAAUUUAACUGUAAAAGGAAAACAUAAUUUAAAUGAUUGUGUUUAUUUAAUUGUAUGUAUCCUGAAAAUCUUACUUUCCUAAUGGGGAAAGCAUGCAGUAGUAAGUAGCUGAGCUGCUCCCUUUUUCAAAAAAAAAUAUAGAAACCCCUUUGAAAAUCUUUGGUUUUGGCAAUUGCAAGUGUUUGUAUUUGAAAAUAUAAUUGAGAAGAAAUAAAUGGCAAUUUCAACUGUUUCGAUUAAUUAGCAAGUCUGAUUUUCACUUGUCCUCUCUGGAGACCAAUUGUAGAAAGGAGCAAUUUAAACUUUUUUUAUUUCAGAAUUGUGUAAACGGCCCAGUUUGCUCUUAGUUUAUAAAUUUUAGUUUUUAGAAAAAUCACUUCCUAAAAAUGAAGAGUUGCCUGUUAAGGGAGGUGAAUUAUUUCAUGAAAUCUUUUUUGGAAAUGUUUUGAAGUGACAGCCAUUCACAUGGUACAGUUUUUCUUCAAGGCACCUUGGUUAUUGCACUUUUAUUUGUUCCAAUUUGAGAAUCUCAUUUUAGCUUUGCAAUGAGUUUACAGCUGUGGAAACACUUUAAUGUUUUCUGUCAUAUUUUAUCAUUUCCGUCUAUGAGAGUUCGGCUUUGUAGUUUCUAAUUUAUUGGAAUCCUGAUAAUUUUUUUUUUCACUUCAUCCCAUUUAUAAUAGGUUAUCAUCCAAUAUUGCUUCACACUGGAAAAUGUACAUUUAAUAAAGCAUUAUCUAUCCGGUGCAAUUAGUUCUUUUAUGAAAUAAGGUGAAGUGAUUUUUAAUGCAGUCUUGUUUGCAUUUUCUCUUCAAAGAAGUUAAAGUUGACAAAACCUUGUUCAAGGCCUGAAUAAGAGUUAAGAAUAUUUGCAGCCCAUUUGAUCUAUCAGGAGCUCUACCUCCAAAGCACUUGCAUGUUUUACUCUAUUAUGGACUUCUAUCUUGAAAUAACCUGCUAAUUGUCACUUUAAAGACAUUUAAUUGGAUGCUGUGGGUAAAUGCAGUUAAUAACUCUAAUUUUAAAUUUUCCUUUUGUAACAUGUAUUGAUCAAUUCAGUUUGUGUUUUAAAUAUGUUUGUUGAUUCCAAAACAACAACUUCUCUGGGAAUCUUUUCUGUAUAUUAGUUACCUUAAAGGGGAAAAAUUGAGCAAUUGAAAAUGGAUCGACCUUUAUUUUUAUCUACCCCAUAAUUAACUGCAAAAAUCUAACAGGUAGUCUAUUUCAAUUUUCUUUGUGUUACUUGGAAUUUUUCCCUCCCACAAUAUUUUCUCCAAUCUCCAAACUCUCAAUAUAAUACUGAAUCUUGUCUUCAAUUUGUUUAGACAGAAAGAAAUUAAAAUAUUGUGUAUAUUUCUCAAUUCAGCAUUUCAUAUUUGAACCGUGAGCUCUUUAAACGGUUGUUAUCCUUUUCUCCCAGCGAUACUGAAGAAGUUGCACAUUGCAGAGAAAGGUGGGUGCAUUUGUUCAGUUUUCAAAUACUUUAAUGUACCACUGAUUAACAAAUAUUAUUUGAUUGUAAAAUAUUGCAACCUUCGGGGAGGUGCUUUAAAAAGCAUCCAACUAAAAUUUCAUGGCAUCUUGCCUCUUUCUGAAAUAAUUGAACAGUUCUUUGACCAUUAUGUCUCAUCUGAGAGACCUACAGUCUACACUACAACCAUCUCAGGAGUCUGUACAGCAAUUGAUUGUAUUGAUCUAUAAAAACAACUGUAUUAGUUAAUGCAACAUGAAGUUUAAAUGGCUUGCUGUGAUUGUUUAGGAAAAUAAGAACACAUUGAAAUGAUUUACAGUCAAUAAAUGUCUUUUUGU